AAAUGUGUGACAUUAAUGGGACCCACCCGUUUGCAAGAAACAAAACAAUUAUCAGUGGCAUCAUGGCCAUUGCUGAAAACGGAACAGAAAAACACUUCCUACGAAACGAGCUUCUUCCUUCCGUGUACUUAAAUGCGCGAUUAGGGUUUUUCUCUAUUUCCCGUUUCAACAUAUUCGUUCAGUUCUAGCAACAUCUUCAACGUUUUCUUCCACUUUUUGGUGUUGAUAAUUGUAUCAGGGUUUGAAGUGUUAUGUAGCUGGUAAAAGAGUGAAUAUGACCUCAAAAGAAUGGUUUGGGUUUGUUGUGGAAGUUGGAUUUCAUGUUCGUCUUCCUUGUGUCUUGAUUUUAUGGUGACACACAUAUACUCUGUGUAGUAAAAUUAGUGAGUUGGGCCUUGAGAGUAGAAGUGUUUGUGCAAUUAUGUACUUUGAAUAAGUUGAGUUAACCCAUAAUUUUUCUUAUAAUGGGUUCAUUCUCUGGCACUUGUGAAAUAGUUGAAGUAAGGGAGGACCGAAGUAUAGGGAAAGGCGUUAUAGAGAUUUGCCAGUCCAAGUCUCAGAACAAAAUGUCUGAGAAAAAAAAUAAGAAGCCUUUGGCGCUGAACUUGGGAUACAAGGAUAAAAUUGAUGAUGAAAUUAACAAGCUGUUUGAAUCAAUUGCUCUUAAAUCUUCGUCAUGGGAUUUGGGCAUUUCACAAGAUGGUACAAGUUAUAAGCUGAAAAACACCUUAAAAAAACCGAUGACAAUGGGUGUUCUGCGAUCUCCACAAGUUGGAACUUCUGAGGCUGUUAAUUUGAAGCAGGCACUAAGAGACCUUUGUAUAUCUAAGGCAUCAGAAGUGGCUUCCAUGAAACGGCUAUCGAAGUCAAUAGCUUCUCCAAGAAUAUCAGAGGUUGAAAGGAUACAGACAUUGUACAGUUCGGUUGUAGAUGAAGCCAGUCAUUCCGGGCCUCACAUUGCUGAGAGUAAAGGGCGUAGAAUGGAAAUAUCUCUAGUGCCAGAAAAAAGCCAGUCACUCUCAUUCAAUAAAACAUCUCAAUCCCAUCAAACUACCCAAAUCACAUCAUCGAGUCAAGCCAUUAAUUCUGCUUGGGAAAUUGCUGUUGCAACUAAUCAACUUCAUUCCGGGACUUCAUCGUCGCGAAGUGAUGCAGCAUGUUUAUCAAGUAGAGUUGGGUCUCAAUCACAGCGUGUGGUACCUGUUCAACCAGAAAAGCAAACCCCUGCAUCUUCUCCAUCUCUUUCUAAUACAGCUGAAAGCAAAUUAGAGUUGUCUGUAAAUGCUUCUUCACCUAAAAAGUUAGGUAAUAAAGUGGCUGUGUCAAAUUCUGGACGGAAAGGUAGGUUGCAGACAUCAUCUUCUUCAUCUACUUCUGUUAAUGGCAGCAGGGUUAACAAACAACCACACCAUACCUCUCGCACAAUUAAAAUGGUCAUUAAGAACAAAAGUCCGAGUAAGAAGAAAGUGAAGGAGGAUUCAGGUUCUGCAUCAUGUGAUCCUACAUCAAAUGAAGUUAGCAAGUCUGUUCCUGGCACAGCUCAGCUGGUUUGUGAAAGAUGUAGGUGCGCUUUAGAAGACACAAAGGAAGAAAAAAACCAAGAGGUAAUGGCCUUGGACUCUACUAGUCCUGGAAACGGAGUGAACUUCAGUAACGUGCACUCUAGUUCAUAUAAACCUUAUUCGGCAUCAAAUAGUGGUAAUAUAGGCAAAGCAGUUGCAAAGGUGGAGAAGAUUCAGAAGAACACCAAGUUGAAAGAGCAACUCGAGUUCUCACAAAGCUCAAAGAGUAGUCAAGGUGAGUACAGUAGUAGUACUAGUACCAGUGAUGAGAGCAACAUGAGUGGCUCAAGUUGCGGCAGUAGGCCUCACAUGUCAAAGGAUGUUAGGUGGGAAGCCAUUCGACAUGCUCAAAUGCAGCACGGAGUUUUGGGUUUGAGACAUUUCAAUCUUUUGAAGAAACUUGGUUGUGGAGACAUUGGGACUGUAUAUCUUGCCGAACUAAUUGGCACAAGUUGUUUGUUUGCUAUUAAGGUCAUGGACAUCGAAUUUUUGGCACGAAGGAAGAAGAUGCCUAGGGCUCAAACUGAAAGAGAAAUCUUAAGGAUGCUGGACCAUCCGUUUCUUCCUACAUUGUAUGUGCAAUUUACAUCAGAUAAUCUUUCAUGUUUGGUCAUGGAGUAUUGUCCCGGUGGAGAUCUUCAUGUUCUACGACAGAAGCAGCUUGGUAGAUGUUUUUCAGAGCUAGCAGCAAGGUUUUAUGUUGCUGAAGUCCUCCUUGCUUUGGAGUACUUGCACAUGCUUGGAGUUGUUUACCGUGAUUUGAAACCCGAAAACAUUCUUGUUCGAGAAGACGGCCACAUUAUGCUCACUGAUUUUGAUCUGUCGUUGAGGUGUGCUGUUAGCCCAACACUUCUGAAGUCAUCUUCUAAUAUUGACCCUGCAAAAGUUUCUGGUCUUGGUGCACAAUCAAGUUGCAUUGAGCCAUUGUGCAUUCAACCAUCUUGUCAAGUUUCAUGCUUCAGUCCCAGAUUCCUACCUGCUGCUGCAAAAGCAAGAAAGUUAAAAGUCGACCCUCUCGCUCAUAUCAGAUCACUUCCGCAGCUUGUGGCUGAGCCCACUGAUGCAAGGUCAAACUCAUUUGUUGGUACACAUGAAUACUUGGCGCCUGAGAUCAUCAAAGAAGAGGGACAUGGUGCUGCAGUUGACUGGUGGACAUUUGGUGUUUUUCUUUAUGAGCUUUUAUAUGGAAGAACACCCUUUAAAGGUUCUAACAAUGAAGAAACAUUAGCAAACGUGGUGUUGCAAAGUCUUGGAUUCCCUGAUGACCCAUUUGUCAGUUUCGAAGCUAAGGAUCUGAUCAGAGGGUUGUUAGUUAAAGAGCCUGAAAACCGUUUGGGUUCACAGAAAGGGGCUGCGGAGAUUAAACAACAUCCCUUCUUCGAGGGCCUUAACUGGGCCUUAAUUCGUUGCACUAUCCCACCAGAACUUCCAGAGUUUUGUGAUUUUGGAGUUUUAGACAUGGCAUCACACGGCAAGGGUGCAAAGUAUUUAGAGUGUAAUGUAGGACAGCACGUGGAAUUCGAGUUGUUUUAAAGACACUGCUCUUGGUUGAGGGUGGCAUUUUGUUAAUCAAUUCCCACGUUUGUGGCUCCCUGCUCCAUAUAUAUUGGAGAUGUAACUUUUAUGUACACGUAAAAACUAGGAAUUUAAAGUCUACAACAACUUUGAAGUUAAUAAUAACAAAAGUUCCUGACAAUACAAAAUUCCAUUAAACCUGCCUGCUCAUGUCCAGAGGGCAGAACAAGAUUCAUCACGCAAAUGCUUACUCAAAUGUAAUUCGUUUAGGAGUGCUAAUUAUUACGGGAAAUAUUAGUAA